AUGGUUCAGCACGGUUUCUCACAGGCAGAGCUGCAAGCUGUGCUACAGCUGAUAGCAUACAUAAAGGGCGUAGCAGCCAUGAUGACAGCAGUGGAGGGCGACAUUGCAUGGGUGCUAAGGGAAGCCAUCCAUGCAGACGUGCAGGAGUUUGCACGCGUGUAUGUCGCCUCGCUGCUCAAGCGCGUGUCGUCCUCUAAUAUGGACUCUCCUUAUGCCAGGACACUAUUGCGGAUACGAGCAGUGGCAGCGGACUGGGCGGGGAUACCCGAGGAGGAGGCGCUGGAGGUGGUGGUGAAGAGCCGAAAAGGCCACCCCGUGAAUGAGGACGACCUUAAGAGGCUCGCCCUGCCACGCCCCACCCCCCCUUCCCUCGCCCAGAUUCACUGCCUGCAGCACCUGGUGCAGGCGCUGGUGAUCGGGGCAAGCGCCGGAGUGAAAGGAGGAUUCUUCGGGCCGGAGAAGAGCAAGCAGGGGGGCAAGGAGGAAGGGGGGAAGAGUCGGAGCAAAGGAAGGGACAGAGAGGUGUCAGCGAGUGAGAUCAAGGAGUUGGAUAACUUCCUGCAGCGCCUGCUCUUCUUCCCGCACCUCCUCGACUACCCUAAUGCAGUGCUGCUGCCAUUCACCAUCUAUGAUGAUGCAGCUGAUGCGGCCCUUCGGUCGCUCAAGAGGCAGUUCCUCUUUGACGAGGUGGAGGCGGAGGUGGGAGUGGCAUUCGACCAGCUGCUGGAGAAGCUGUCUCUCGCCAUCUUCACUCACUUCAAGCAGUUUGCCGCCAGCAAGCUGCUGGACAAGUCGUUUGUGGCGGCAGCGGCAGCCCUGGGCGUGGGAGGGAGGUACAGCGUCACUCCUUGCAGCUACAGCGGACUCUUACGCCAGACGCACCUGCAGCUAUUGGGUCGCACUGUGGACAUGCGGGACCUGCUGACUCAGCGGCUGAACAAGCUGACGAGGCACAACCUGGAUCAUAUCCUUGCCCGCAUGGAGGGGGCUGACAUCUGCCACAUCAUGGAGACGCAUCACCUGGUGGACGUCCUACGUGGCGCGCACCGAUUGGUCGCAGAGCACUGCCCUGCAAUCGACUCCUUUGAAGCCAUUUUCACCGAGGCCACCCACGCCACCUCCCUCUCCUCUCUCUCCUCCCGCACCGCCGCUUAUCACUGCCCUUCCAGGGUCGUGCCCCCUCUCAUCAACUCCUUUGAGGACAUCUCGCCCUCACCCACCCACGCUACGUCCCUCUCCUCGCUCUCCUCCCGCACUGCCGCUUAUCCGUGUCCACUCUCAUCCACUCCUUUGAACCCAUCUCCACCGGCCAAGGCCACCCACGCCACCUCCCUCUCUCCUCCCUCUCCUCCCGAAUGGGGUGUGCAGAGAGGUGGAGCAGGAUGUGCUGCCCAACCCCUCUGGAACGCCACCACCCGCCGCUUCGUGCGAGUGGCCUACCCGAAGCAGCAGCGCCCCAUGCGAAGACCUGUGGCUCACCUGGUGGUUACACACGCUUAUUCUCCUCUCCCUCUCGGUUCCCAGGUGUGCAGAGAGGUGGAGCAGGAUGUGCUUCCCAACUUCCUCUGGAACGCCACCACCCGCCGCUUUGUGCGGGUCGCCUCCCCGCUGCACCUGCAGCAGCGCCCCGUGCAAAGACCUGCAGUUCACCUGCCUUCUCCAGAGGUGUAUGAAGCCUUCAUGUUUGGAAACAAGGAUCUCAACGAGGCCUACUCGCACAUUUGCCUGUUGAACUCGCAGUUCCUGGGGCAGCCGCACAUGGAUGCUGUGGUGGCGCUGCUGGGCGCGCACUCCCAUU